AUGGUAACACUAUUGGCAAUACUUCUGGUAACGUUGUUGGCAACGCUGCCUGAAUCUAGGUCUGCUUUGCCAACAAUACUGUCUGAAUCUGAUCAGUCUGUUUUGACAAAAGUAAGUGUUUUUGAAACAGGAAGAUUUCACCCAAUAACUUCUGAUAUAGGAUCAUGCUCUACUUGUUCACCUCCUAAGCCCUUGUUAAUUGUUAGGCCAAAAGAAGAUGGCAAAUAUCCUGUCAUCUUGUUUCACCAUGGCACCGCCUGCCAGAACUCCUGGUACACUGAUGUUCUCAAAUUCAUAUCCUCUCAUGGAUAUAUAGUGAUCGCACCGCAGUUAUACCGAUGGAUGCCACCUAGCGGACAAAGCGAGCUUGACAUGGCAGCAGAAGUGGCAAAUUGGUUACGCUCAGGUCUCCGGUGUGUACUACCAGAAAAUAUUGAAGGGGACCUGCACAACCUUGCUCUUGCAGGCCACAGUAGAGGUGGAUACAUUGCAUUUGCUCUUGCACUUGGCCAUGCCGAUGUUUCCCCAGACAUCAACUUUUCAGCAGUGAUAGGAGUAGACCCCGUUGCAGGGACUUCCAAAAAAGAUCAAGUGGAGCCCAAAAUACUCAAUUACGAACCGUGUUCAUUUAGCUUAUCGAUUCCGGUUGCCGUAAUUGGUUCUGGAUUAGGUAAUAAGCCAGUAUUGCCCUUCCUGCCGCAGGCAUGCGCUCCGGAUGGGGUUAGCCACACCGAGUUUUUCAAUGAGUGCAAACCUCCUUGUAGCCAUUUUGUCCCUACAGACUAUGGUCACAUGGACUUUUUAGAUGACGAUAUAGGUCUAAUUGGGAGUGCAGCACGUUUGAUUUGCAAGGGGAGCAAAUGGGGGGUUAGCAGGGAUCCCUUGAGAAGAACUGCAGGUGGCGUUUUUGUGGCCUUUUUAGAGGCUUUUUUCAAAGGUAACGACACGGACUACAACAAAAUCCUGAUAAACCCUAAUUAUUUUGCUCCCGCAACACUUGAUCCAGUCCAGAGCAAAAGUGAAGGGACAUCAUGCUCAAGUUUAUCGGCUAUGUCCAUGCCUGCCUUUGCGUUUGAGUAG